CAGAAGAGGAAACGGGGCUGUGCCUUCUUCUGUCCCGCUGUUGACGUGCCGUCUUCCGUCGUCUCCUUUCCUACACAUUUCCCUCUUUUUCGGAGUUUAUAGCAACGCACAGCAGGCUGGUUUUCAACCAGAAUGGACUGAAGUAGACUGCUGAAUACGGUUGGCGCUUGAAAAUGGCUUCGACGCGGAUAGUCGGCAAAGUUGCUGGAAGACUUUUGGGAAGUCUUCGUGUGACUCGGCCUCGCCCUGCCACAUUUCUUCACAAGGUUCCACCACCUCUGCUGGGAACCUGUCCAGCUCUUUUCUGCAGCACAAGCCCGCCUCCUAGUGACGUGUCCCUCAAGUACAAAUAUGGCCGGCUGGCCCUGGAGGUGCCGCUGACCUGCAGGCCGGAGACGUGUCUGUUCUUCCUGCAGCCCAUGCUCAUGACCGUGGGCGACCUCAUCGGCGAGCUGCAGAGGGAGGACCCCGGCGCCACCGCCUCCGUGCUGUCCAAAGCUGGUGAACGUGUGGCCUGGAACACGCUGAUAGAUAGCCUGCUGAUAGACAAGGACUUCAAGCUGGUCAUCAACAACACGGUUUACAACGUGCGCUCUCCUGACAAAGUCAACAAGUCGAGCGAGCAUGCCCUGCAGCUGGACGACAUGAAGCACGUGGUGCAACUUCUGCACACGGCCCUCCACUUGCCUGAACACCACAUGCUGAAAGAGCGCCAACUGCUGGAGAGACUGGACAGCCUCAAACAGGAGUUGUCCCCUUUGGAGGAGUUGAAGGCUCAGCUGUCCCAAAAGGCCACACUUCUAACAUCCCAGACCAUUUGGGUGGGUUUGGCCCUGCUGUCGGUGCAGGGAGGGGCUCUGGCCUGGCUCACCUGGUGGGUGUACUCAUGGGACGUCAUGGAGCCCGUCACUUACUUCGUCACCUACGCCACCAGCAUGGGCGCGUUCGCCUACUUCGUCCUCACCAAGCAGGAUUAUGCUUAUACAAACGCUGAAGACAGACAAUUCCUCAACUACUUCUACAAGAGGGCCGGCAACAAGAAGUUCAACGUGGGGAAGUACAACAAACUUAAAGACGAGCUGGCUCAGGUGGAGGACGAUUUAAAACGCUUACGUAAUCCAACCCAACUUCAACUGCCAAUCGAACAGAUCCAGCUGAAGCCUUGACAUCAUCAUCAUCAUCAUCAUCACCACCAACGUUUACACACCAGAGCAAAAACACACCCUUUGUUUAUUUUCAUAAUGAUGCCUUUUUAAUUAGAAACAACAUUUUGUGGGGGGGAGGGUGACAAAAAGUGGAUUAUUGGAAUAAAAGUCAUUUUGCUGAA